AUGGGAGACCGGUCCGAAGCAAGCCUCCCAAUGGAUAUUCCAGCCACUUACAAGGCUGUGGUCUUCGACAGACCUGGUGAAAUCAGUACGAAAGUCGUCGAGCUCGAAACACCCAAACCUGGGCCGGGAGAGGUGCUAGUGAGACUGACCAAGUCCGGGGUCUGCGCCAGUGACCUCGAGAUCAUGAUAGAUGCUUGGCCUAUACCUUGCGUGCCUGCCGGCCAGGUCGGUGGCCAUGAAGGUGUCGGCACGGUGGUCAUCCUGGGACCCGGUACUGAAGGAACGGUCAAAAUAGGAGCUUGCGUCGGAGUUAAACGAGUCGCCAAUGUCUGUGGCUCUUGCGGUCCCUGCCUUGACGGUCGGGAUGGCCUGUGUCCCAACCAGAACAUCUCGGGCUGGUACCACCCGGGCACGUUCCAGCAGUACGUCGUCGCACAGGCAUCCUACCUCACCCCCAUACCGGAGGGUUUAUCGCCGGAACUGGCAGCUCCGAUGCUGUGCGCGGGCGUGACCACGUACGCGGCCCUCCGUAAAGCCAAUACCAGGGGCGGGCAAUGGAUCGUGGUAUCCGGUGCAGGUGGCGGGUUAGGACAUAUAGCGGUCCAAUUAGCCAAGAACGCAUUCGCUCUUCGAGUGAUUGGUAUAGACGUGGGUGACAAGGAGUCGUUUGCGAAAGAAUGCGGCGCAGAAAAGUUCAUCGACCUCACAAAACUUAAGGGAAAAUCUGCUUCUGAAGAAGUUUACCGAAUCACAGGUGGAGAGGGCGCUCACGCCGUCGUGAUUUGCACAGGAAACAAUACCGCAUAUGCGCAAGGGCCCGACAUGCUCAGAUUCGGUGGCACAAUGGUAUGUGUAGGAUUGCCAGGAGGACCACGCAAAAACAUCGAGGGACUGAGCCCCGGGAAACUAAUCGACAAGGAACUCAGCGUGGUAGGAAGUCUCUUGGGAUCCAAAAGAGACGCCGUCGAGUGUUUGGACUUUGCCGCCAGAGGUGCAGUGAAGAUCCACGUCGAGGUUCGAGGCAUGAAUGAUAUGACCAAGACAUUCGAACAACUCAAAGCUGGUCAUUUGUCUGGCCGAGUUGUCUUGGACCUUGCUUAA